AUGGAUUGUUUCCGGCAAAUAGUUCGUCUCGUCAAAAGUCCAUUCCGACGCAACAAGCACCGGGUUUUGGAGAUUGGGCCACCAACCGAUUUCCGAAAGGAGGAGAUGCCAUCAUUUUUCGUUGAUGACGACGCAUUGACCUUGCACAGUCGUACAGCGCUAGAGAAAGACACGAUCAUCAAGACAAUCGAACAAGAACCCUCAACCCGGGAUAAGCUCAAGAGUCACGUUCGAAGGCUGAGUGUCAAGAUGUCUCGACCACUUAUCGACCAUGAAGGAAGCCGUUUUAAUAGUGAAUUGGGCAACAAAAGAGAGGCUUCAUAG